ACUGACUGGAUUUUUGACCAACUUUCUUGUGUUGGUUAUUUGGUUGGUCAGAUUUAUUUAAAAAUAAAGUUGUAUAAAUAUCGUGAACAGAAUCAUUAUUUCAUUGAAAAAAAAAACAAUUAUUUUCCGUAAAAUGUCGAACAUAUCUAAGAGAAAAGAAGGAUCGAAGGCCAAGAUCAAGAGCAUGGGGAAUCAUCAAGAAUUCUUGAAGCGCAUUACAAAGACCCUGUAUUAUGGGGAGCUGCCGACACUGCCUUGCUUGAGUCUACCAGUCACUGAGAUCUCGUGCGAGGUGUGGUCAGUGUCGCAGCGUGGUCGGUCGCUGCGUCGGCUGCACGCGGACGCGGCGGCGGGGCUCGCGCGCAGCGCGUGCGUGUCGCCGUGCGCGCUCGUGCUCGCUCUACUAUACCUAGAGCGACUCAAUGCCUGCAACCCCGAUUACAUAGCCGCAACGGCACCGGCUGAUCUCUUUCUAGUUUCAUUGAUGGUGGGAAAUAAAUUCUUGCAAGAUGACGGCGAAGACGACGAAGUUAUAUGCUCGGAAUGGGCGGCAUCUGGCGGUAUCGAACUCGCCCAGUUGAAGAAAUUGGAAUUGGAGUUUCUCAAUGCUAUAGAUUGGAACGUGUUCGUAAGCGAGAAAUCAUUUGAAGCGGGUCUGCGACGUCUGGAGCGGCGCGUGGCUCUGAAGCAGGCGCGGCUGCGGGGGUUCUUCACGUACACGGACCUGGCGGCGGCGGGCGCGCCCCCGCUGCUCGACCUGUGUGCCGCGCUCGCGCUCGCGCUCACCGCCCUCGCCUCCACCCUGGCGCUGCUCGCCUCCGCGCCGCUGCUCACGCGCCUCGCCGCCUCCUCCCUCGCCUCCCUCUCCCGCCCGCCCGCCUCGCCCCUCUCCGGUCCGACUCCUCCCCUCCACGCGAACGUCUCGCCGGCCGACCCCGAGCCCCCAUCGCUCGGCAACCUCACCCUCGACGACCCCUCGCCGUCGGAUCGCCUGCGGUGCUGCACGACGUGGGCGACGUACCGCGACAGAGUUUCCGAAGCUCCACCGAGAAGAGCGCCGCCCAGGAACUUCUUCGAUGGCCUCGUGCUCUACGACUGGAAGAGUUUCGAGCCGUGGUGGUCGCGGACUUCGGUGCUCAACUGGCUGUACCAGAGCUCGCUGGUGGACCCGAUGCGGCGCUGGCUGGAAAAAGUCGACGGAUUCGCUGCCGUCGGCCGCGGCCCGGCGCCGGACUCGUGUCGCGGCUGCGUCCGCCAGUGGCUCAAUCUGAGCAAACUCAACGUCCUCGUCGCUUCCGUCUCCGAUUACUAACAAACCGAUCGACGGAGCAAUCUGCCGAAGUUCCCCUGCAGUUUUCGACUCGAGAUCGAAGCAUCUUCUUGCAAAUAUUUAGUGUGAGUCGUAUUAAAAAAUGAGUGAUCUUAAAUGCUCCGUUAUCCGUACCUAACGUUUUAAGUUUUGUCUUUUGUCAUAUUUUUAACUUAACGAGGAUUCUCAAAUUUGUUGUCCUUUCCUAAGAAGUAGAUGUAGAAACAAUGAUCAAAUAACAAAAAUUCCGACUCUGCUAAAUGUUCGUAUUUAAAAUAAAUAAGGGAAAAGAUCAGUUUUUUGAAGUUACAUUCUACAUAAUAUGCGCACAUAAGAUCUUUUUAAAACUGAAAAUUUUCAGAUUUAUCUCUGGCAGAAUUUUCGUUAUUUGAAAUAUCUGUUUUGAGCGAAUAUCUGAAGAAAACUUGUUAUAAGUCAGAGAGAAAAGUGGUGUGACUUAAAUUUACCAGUUGAUUUUUUUUAUUAAUUGAUCCACUUAAUAUUUAGUUCUGUUUCUUUCGCAGAAUUUUAGAAACGGAGCCAAUCUAUUUAUUCCGUGAUAAUUAUCAACUUAAAUGAAAAGGUUUUUAAAAAUAAAUAGCAUAUUUAAUAUUUUUUUAAGAACUUAUAAAGUGACCAAGUUGGCGCCAUUACAAUAAAUAAGUGAUGCCUGUGAUCAAUUUUCUAACUUUCAAUAAAAAUUCUUCAAAC